GAAAAAAGAGAGGAGAGGGAGUUUAAGAGAUAAAAACAUAUGGAAAAGCAUGUUAUAAAGUUUAUAUUAUCUAUAUAAGUGUUGUGUGUGAAAAAGAAGCAAUUUCAUAUGGUUUUGGAUGAGAUAUGAGGGAAGAAAGUUUUGAAAGGAUAUUAGGACGACGAGCACUUGUAGAAAUACUUCAAUCAAUUGGAUUUUCAUCUGCAAUGAAGAGUUCUAUAAUGGUUUUAGAAAGAUUUCUUGUUCUAUAUAUCAUGAAAAUUUUAGAUAGAUCUUUACGCUUUGCAUUCUUACAAAGGAGAUACAAAGUGUCUAUUUAUGAUAUAGAAUUAAUGCUUUUAUAUGAGGGAAUCAAAAUAGAAUCAUUAGAAACAGAAAUGAAACAGCGUAUUGGAAGAAAUUAUGAAUUACAAAAAGAAGAAUCUAUAUCAAAAACUUCUUCUCAUUUCAUGAAUACAUCAUCGGCGCUUAUUGACAAGCUUCUAGGUCCAGAAUUAACAGGCAUCAAUGAUAAACGACCUGACUAUCAUUUAUCACAUCUUCCUAUCUUUCCUCCAAAACAUACAUAUAUGAGUACACCAGUAUAUGUACAACGGAUGACAUGUCCUCAUAAAAUCCGGGAAUUGGCAGCAAAACAAAGCCGUUUGGCUGAAAGUGCUUUAUGGAAAAUUAUUCAAAUUGAAAACAAACUAAAUUUAAAUAAAAUCCAUCAAGGACCUAUUAAACAAGAUAAACUCUUUUUAAAGGUCUGGAAAGAUAUGGGCUAUGAAGAAGAUGCUUGCAGACCUUAUGAAGGUCUGGUUAAUUGGGAAACCAAUCGAUAUACACGUCAACUUAGAAAUAUUUUAUAACUUCUUAAAAACAUCUUAUUUAAUGACAGAAAAGAACUAAAAUAAUAGAAAUUUCUUCAUAUUUUCAAACCUGUAACUUCAAUAAUGUUUUUCUUGUUAAAUCUAUAGAAAUUUUAGUUUUCAUAUUUAUACUUAUAA